GCGGCAGCUGCGCGUGCGGCUCGGUGGGUCUGCGUCUUUAACGCGGUCACGUGACACGGGAAAAGUGAAAGUCGGAGUUCUACGAAUCCGCCCACUCUGUUCUUGGUACUCUUUGGAAGACCGACGCGUGUAAGUAGCAGUUUUUUGAAUUUCCAAACUGCUAAAAGCGCAGAUAAACCGGCGUUAGCGUUGUGUGGGAGCUGUAGUUUCAUCCAGUGCGUUGCUGGCGCCAACGCAAACUCAAAGGAAAUGGGAAGAUCUUAAGUUGAAGAUAAGUGAGGACUCCACCCAUUCAGACAUGGCCUCCAGCAUCAGCAUGUCGGAGGAGCAGUUCCUCUGUUCCAUCUGUCUGGACACGUUCACUCGGCCCGUUUCCACUCCGUGCGGACACAACUUCUGCCUGGCCUGCAUCACGCGUUACUGGGACGACGCGCCGCUCUGCCAGUGCCCGCUCUGCAAGGAGACGUUCCAGACGAGGCCGCACCUCAAGGUCAACACCUUCAUCUCGGAGCUCGCGUCGCAGUUCCUGCUGCUUCAGGUGACGGACGCGCGGGCGUGGAGCUCGGAGCGGCCGCCGGCGAACUCUGGCGCCGCGGUGCUCUGCGACGUUUGCACCGACGCUCAGCGGGGGGCCGUGCGGUCAUGUCUGGAGUGUGUGACCUCCUACUGCGACCUGCACCUGGAGCCGCACCACCGGGCUGCAGGACUGAGGAGGCACACGCUGGUCGACCCUCUGGAAGAUCUGGAGGCCCGGAUGUGCAAGGAGCACAACCGCCUCCUCAGGUUGUUUUGUCGAAGGGACAACGUUUUGCUGUGCGACGUCUGCAGCAGGUUACGCAACUUGAGUCACCACGUCGUUCCCGUGCAGCAGGCGUUCAGAGAGAUGAGGGACGAGCUGGAGGUCGCGGACGCCAGGGCGCGGGAGAUGAUCCGCGAGAGGCAGGAGAAGGUGCAGGCGACGAGGGCGUCGGUGCAGCAGAGCCAGAGGGACACCGGCGCCGCCAUCGCACGGAGCACGGAGGAGCUGGCGGCGCUGGCGUCUGAGAUCCAGAGGAGCCAGGCGGAGCUGGUGCAGGUGAUGGAGGAGAGGCAGAAGGCGGCGGAAGAAGAAGCGGAGGGCUUCAUCGGCUGCUUGGAGCGGGACGUGGCCCAGCUGGAGGCGGCGCGGGGGAGGCUGAGGGAGCUGGAGGCGGGAGGGGACCAGCUCCGCUUCCUCCAGGAGGUCCCCGACGCCUGCGUCCUGCCCCGGACCGCCGACCCGACCUCCUUCAGCUUCCACGGGCUCGUCCGGCUGCAUCACCUCCGCACGCGUCUGAGCAGCUCCGUGGCCCAGUUGAAGGCGGCGCUGAGCGACCUCCGCGCGCUGGCGAGCGAGGCCGGCGGCGAGGACGCGUGCGACGGGGCGUCGCUGGCGACCAUGCGGCAGCACGAGGUCAGCGUGGUGCUGGACGCCCUCACGGCGCACCCGCUGCUCGUUCUGUCCGACGACAGGAAGGAGGUGAGGUUCAGCGGGAACCCGGCUCUGUGGCGGUACCAGAGCCUGGACCUGAGCCCCAGCACGUUCACGGAGCACCUCGCCGUCCUGGGGGAGCAGGGCUUCGUGUCCUGCAGGUUUUACUUCGAGGUGUUCGUCGGGAGGAAGAGCGAGUGGUGCCUGGGCGUGGCCAAGGCCUCGGUGCAGAGGAGCGGCGGCUUCGCCCGCACCCCGCAGUCUGGACUCUGGGCCCUGUGGUUCCUGGAGGACCGGUUCGAGACGUUCAGCUGUCCGGGUGUGCCGGUGCGCUGGGGGAAGGUGGAGCGAGUGGGCGUGUUCGUGGACUACGACGGAGGUCGGGUGUCGUUCUGCGACGUUCAGGCGGGAACGCUCAUUUACUCCAUCACCGAGUGUCUGUUCACGGAACCUCUGCAUCCGUACUUCAACCCGUGUGACAACGAGUACGGCUCCAACCUGGACCCGAUGGUCAUUGUUCCGGUCGGAACUGAUGCAGCUACUGCAACAUUCUACUAGCUCAUAACCUGCUACAAACACAGAGACUAUUUAAACUGUGCACCUUCUGACUGAAUACUGUACAUGAACACCUUUAAUAUUUAAUCCUUGAAAAUAUUAACAAUUCUUUGUUUUAUUUUUGUGUCAGUAGUUAAAUAUAAACAAUAGGAUAAAAACAUGUGAACAUCUGAGCCUUUAUAAAGACACACUACUCUAAACCAUGCGUUAUUGUUUAAAUAACAAACCAUUUGUUUUGAUUCUGUCUGUCUAUCAGUGUUAUUUUUACACCUACAGUAGUGUUUAACCCAUAUCUGCUCCGUAAUAAAAUAUACCUUUGAAUUUCAGCUUGAUUAAAAUUUUAAUGAAAUAAAAAAGGAUUACAUAAUAAUAAAACCAUCACAAACGUGAACAAACAU